UAUUCAAACUUCCGCCGUAGUGUGUGUUGGGCUGAAAUCUGUUGUUUCUCUGUCGCUUACAUUUCGGCUUUGUUUUACAAAACAAUUCAGUCAUUCCGUCCACGUGAAGAUUUAUAUUAAAAAGAAGAACAUCUACUGCGGAAUGGAAGAAAACGAAGAAGGAAACGCAUCAGUGACGUUGGGUAAAAAGCAGAAACUUCGUCGGACGUCAUCGAGAACAUCCACCGCCAGCGUCAGUAGCCUGGCGGACCAUUCUCCGAGAGCUCUACGCAGAAAUAACUCCAAAAAACCUCUCUUGCAGAGAGGAAGCUCCUUCACUUUUCUCACCCCAGGGACACCUUGGGACUUCAGUCUGAAGCGUAAACGCAAAGAAAAGGAAGACGACACGGUCAGCCUGUCCAGUUUUGAUCUCAAGGAACCGACAAACAAAAAAGUACGGCCACUGGCAAGAGUGUCAUCCCUCGUCAACUUUAUAUCUCCUUCCAAGAACGGAGCCGUGCGUCGCUUUGGUCAGACCAUCCAGUCCAUGUCACUGCGUGGGGAUGGUAAAUCCCCUGGUGCGUUGCUGCGAAGCAGCAGCAAGGCGACAGGACCCACGCCCACCAAACGAAGAAACAGCACGCUGUGGUCAGAGAUGCUGGAUGUUCACCAGAAGAGCUCCUUCACCUCUAAGGAGAUCAAGAGACAGGAGGCUAUAUAUGAGCUCUUCAGGGGAGAGCAGGAUCUUAUUGAGGAUCUCCAGUUGGCACGGAAGGCAUACCACGACCCUAUGCUCAAGCUGUCCAUUAUGACGGAGGAGGAGCUGGCGCAUAUCUUUGGGGAUCUGGACGCGUACAUACCACUGCAUGAGGAUCUUUUAAUGAAGCUGACUGAUGGAACAGGACCCGAUGGCACGGUGGCCGAGAUAGGACAAAUGGUGAUCAACUGGCUCCCGGGCCUGAAUGCAUACAGAAACUACUGCAGCAACCAGCUAGCAGCCAAGGCGCUUCUGGACCAGAAGAAACAGGACCGGCGAGUGCAGGACUUCCUACAACGCUGCCUGGAGUCACCCUUCAGCCGGAAGUUGGACCUGUGGAGCUUCUUGGAUAUCCCGCGCUCGCGCCUCGUCAAGUACCCACUGCUACUCCGAGAGAUCAUGAGGCAUACUCCGGCCGAACACCCGGACGUGGCCAACCUAGAGAAAGCGGUGACAAUCAUCCAGGAGAUUCUGUCAGACAUCAACAUAAGAAAAGGCGAAUCUGAGUGUCGGUACUAUGCGGACAAGCUGGAGUAUUUGGACGACAAGCAGCGGGACCCUUUGAUUGACAGCUGCAAGAGCCUAUUAUGUCACGGCGAGCUGAGAAACAAGAGUGGCUCGAGGCUGCAUGUUUUCCUGUUCUCGGAAGUGCUGGUGCUGACCCGGCCGGUGACGCGCAAUGAGCGGAGCUGCUUCCAGGUGUACAGGCAACCCAUCCGAGUUCGGGACCUGACGCUAGAAGAUCUGCAGGAUGGAGAGACCCGCUUGGGUGGAUCCUUCCGCGGUGCUUUCACCAAUGCCGACAAAGCAAAGAACGUUUUCCGCGUGAGCUCAACGGAUCCGUCGCACGGCCAGUCGCACACGCUGUACGUCAACGACGUGUACCACAAGCAGCAGUGGCUCAACUGCCUGCGAGGCGCCAUGACCGAGUACGGUUCCUCGAACGGCGCCGUCACACGGGUCAAGCGGCGCUCGUCGUCCGUCCGCGAGGGAGACGAAAAUUGUCCGGCAGUGGGACCUCAGCUCAGGCCGCAGAGGUCACGGGUCACACUCAACAGGAAAGAGACUGGUGUGUAGGUAUAACGGACUUGAAUGGCUUAACCACUGAUUUUGGGUUUUGGAAUCCUUGUAGCAGACUGAACAUUAAGGAAAAAAAACAACAAAAAAAAACAGUAAUUUCCGUCCAUGUCUGUCAGUCGGAUAUCUUUUUGACUUGGAGUAAAAUGAGGUCUUGUCUAAGUUAGUGAUUGGCGACCAGUGUAAGCCGGAAGAAAUUAUCCCAUUUCACUUGGUCCAAAAACUAUUUACUAUUCUUUGUCUAUUUACCCUUCGUUUUUAAAUGUAAAAUGUGUACCUCAGUACCAAUAAAACCACUGAACACUGGAUUUAUCAAACGUCCUUAUCAUUUUUUUAGCCUUAAUAAUUGUCCCCAAGUGCACACACUUAAAAUUACAUAGAACGAGAGUAGGUUUAUUCCGUUGUUGUCAUUUUUGGGGUUCGAUUAUUGAGCCAAGACACACAUUUUUGCAUAGGACAAAAAAAAUCUCAAGAGGUCCCAAAAAGUAUUGUCUAUACUGAAAGAAUUGUUUCUCCCCGAUGGCAAAAGAUGCAUUAUUUGUACCAAGUAAAUAAAUUUUAGACCUAUGUGAAAGUGAAAUAGGAUCAUUUCCUGCUGCAGUGGUUGGGAAUCACAGGUGUAAGUGGACUUUCAGUACAUAGGGAUUUUUUUGUUGUAUUCAAUUAGGUCACGCUUGUUAUUUUUCAAGUCAGUUGUCAUUUCAACUCUAUUAGCAGUUAAGAUCAUGGAAGCCUGAACUAUUGGUUUUGUUUUAUUUAACAAGCCUAGAAAAAAAGGAAAUGAACAAUGAAUUUGAAUGUAAUAGAAACCAAUGGGAGUGAUCAACUGUCAGAAAAUAAAAUCUUUCAGUUUGUUCUUCAAAUGUGUGAGACUGCUUGCAUUUGCACAAAAUCGUUCCCCAUCCUUGCAGUUUUGAUAUUUGGAGUUAACCUCAUACUAGUUGAAUUUUGAUGUCACCAGACCAAAACAUUUCAAG